AUGGCUGCACAUGGCCGCUUGUCGCUCGCUGCGAUCGCUGCUGCCAGGAGAGGUCGCGUGCAUGCGUUGCGUCGCAGCGUCGUUACACCGCCCUUGAACCGUUUCACGGCUCGGUUGCACGUUGCGCGUGGGGUGCGUGCGGAUGAUGCCAACAACAACGACAGUAGCGACCACGUGACGGCCAUCAAGAAUGACCAGCACAGGCUGCCGGUUCAAUGCGCCGGCUGCGGCGUUGCACUGCAAACACAGCAACCAGGCGGCACAGCGAUGGCAACAGCAAGGUGCGAGUGA